UAUUGUUGAUAUGACAAAGAGUGGAAAGUGUUAUUAUUUAUAAAGACAGUUUUUACAUUUUACAGUGUAAUGUAAUUGGACUCCACAUAAUGUUACAGAGUACAUAAAGUACAUAGAUACUGUUGUUUAUUAUUAUUGAUACAAUGGCAAAUAAUAAGUUUUACAUACCCUUGCCUCAGAAUUCUGAACGUAGACAUUCUUCACCCACUUUGCCAAAGAGGUUGAACGAAACUCUUGCAGUUUCACCACUAACAUUAGACGAUGCAGCCUUGCAAAUAUAUCGCAAGAAGAACUCACCACAAUCUUCCCCAAGAAUUACUAAGCGAUUGUUAGGUCAGACACUAUCACCUCCUUUAAGAAGUGAGGGUAACGAUAAUUUAAAAAAACCAUCUCCUCGCCUUGCUAAACGGCUUUUUGGGAAAUUUCAGUCUACUGCAGAUGUUUUGAAAGAAAGUUCAGGUGUUACAAAGUUAAAGGAUGUUAAAUAUGAAAAGGCUAUGUCCAUGCCUCAUGGAACAACUUCAACAGUCGAUCAGAGUGAAAAAUGGAUUCAUGAUGCACGCAAACAAAUCUUUCCAAAUAAAGUUGACUGGGCAGUACAUGCGAUAAAUGGUGCACACAUAUGGAUAGAAACAGAUGCAUCAGGUUGUUUUGUUAGUCAAGAUUGUAAGAAAACCGGCCCUCGCAAAAAAUGUACAGUUUGUAAAGUAGUUGCUCAUCAAAAGUGUAUUGAGCAACUGGAAAGGAUACAUCAAAUAAAAUGUAAACUAACGUUUCGAGAAGCUGCACCAAAAGGUGGUGUUGAGACAAAUCCACCUCAUCAUAUUGUUCGCCGACGAAAACUAGAUGGUCGGUGUGAUUCAUGUGGAAAAGCUUUUCAAUCAAUGUUGUCGUAUAAAACUCAAAAAGAUUAUAUUGCUGUAAAUUGUUCCUGGUGUAAACGAGCAUAUCACAUGAAACCAGAAUGUUCAAAUACAUUUUUAUCAGAAUCCCAAUGCGACAUGGGUAUACAUAAAAACCUGAUAUUAUCGCCAUCUUGGAUUGUUAAAUUACCCCCAAGAAAGUAUUCACAAAUAAACAAUAGAAGAGGUGGCAGGCCAUCAACUAGAAGACAUUCCAGUAAAGAACGACGAGCAUUUGUUAUCAAACCGAUUGAAGAUAAGUUGAAAAUUCCUUUACUUGUCUUCGUUAAUCCAAAAAGCGGUGGUAACCAGGGUGCUAGAAUUUUAGAAAAAUAUCAAUACAUAUUAAAUCCAAGACAGGUGUUUGAUUUGUCACAUGGUGGACCUAGGUUUGGCCUUGAUCUGUAUCGCAAAGUGCCUAAUCUUCGCAUAUUAGUAUGUGGGGGCGACGGAACGGUUGGCUGGAUUUUAUCUGAAAUCGACCGAUUAAAAAUCAAUCCUCCACCCGCCGUUGCAGUUCUCCCCCUUGGAACUGGAAAUGAUCUUGCAAGAUUUCUCGGCUGGGGCGGGGGCUACACUGAUGAGCCACUUAGUAAAAUUCUUAGUCACAUCGAGGAAGGUGAAGUGCAAAGACUUGAUAGGUGGGAUAUAGAUGUACAACCCAAUCGUAACGCACCCGUCGAAACUGAUCCAAGCGACGACAAUUCUGUGGCGAGGCUUCCACUAUCCGUGAUGAACAACUAUUACAGUAUCGGUGCAGAUGCUGAUGUCUGUUUGGAAUUUCAUGAAUCCAGAGAGGCAAAUCCUGAAAGAUUCACAAGUCGUUUAAAGAAUUUAUACUUUUAUGGCAAGUUAGGUAGUGAGUCGCUAAUGAAAAGAAAAAACAAGGAUUUAUAUAAAUGUAUUCAUAGUCUCUUGUGUGAUGGGUGUGAACUUAUUGAAAAAAUACGCGAAUUAAAACCACUUUGUUUAAUAUUUUUAAAUAUAUCCUCAUAUAGUGCUGGCACUAGUCCAUGGGGAAAUCCUAAUAGCGAAGAAUUCUUGCCGCAAAGUUGUAACGAUGGUUAUUUAGAGAUAAUCGGUCUGACGUCCAAAUCAAUGCUUGCAACACAAGUAGGUGGACACGGUAUUCGUAUUUAUCAGUGUCAAUCCGCCAUCUUGACUACGAACAAUAAAAUAUCAAUGCAAGUUGAUGGUGAACCGUGCCGAUUGAACCCUUCUCGCAUACAAAUUAAACAACGUAAUCAAUCUAAUAUGAUAGCCAAGAAAAAACCUCACCAUACAUCUUACCAUCAAUCGCAAGAGCAAUUGAUCACACCGAAAUCCAUUCGUACCAAGUUGUUCUAUUUGAAUUUUACUCAGUACGAUUCUCUCAUUAAAUAUGACAUUGAUGAAAUUAAGGCAGUUGUCACUGAAAUGUGCUCUUUGGAAGUUGAUCCUGACUGGCAGCUGGAUGACAUGCGCAAAAAAUUGCAAACAAUGAAUAUCACUGGAGAUAUGUUUAACUCUAAACUCACCGAAGAAUGGUGUUUUCUUGAUGCUACUUGGACUGUCCGAAUAUAUCGUAUUGAUGAAGCUCAAGAAAGUUUGUUGCACGUUGGUGACAUUAUGGAAGGUGGUAUUUACGUGCUGGAUUUGCAGAAAGGUCUAGAUCUCACCAUUCCGAUCAAUAACAGUUUAUCAAAAAGUCAACCGAAUUCGCCUCAAUUAGAAAGAUCGACGGUGCCGUUAAAAAUGGGCGAUAGCGCACCAAGGCCAGCGAGAACGCUGCAUUCUUUAUCGCUGGACCUUUCCCAGCUUCGAAACGACGACCUUGCUCAAUGCAGUAGCAGCGAUUUAUCUUCAACAAACAGCGAAGAUGAUAUUAACAGUUUGUCAAGCAGUCCUGGUCUAGCCUCUCCCAGUACUCCGAUGACUCCUGACGAUGACAUAAUGUUUAGGUUACCAGAAGAACCAAGUGAACGCAUCAGAGUGUUUCUUGAAGCAGCAAAGAAAGGCCUAAUAAACAAGUUUCGAAGUAUUCACGAAAGUGGAAUUAGUUUAACAGUAUGCGAUUCUUCUGGUCGAACUCCUUUGCAUCUAUCAGCAAGAUAUGGACGAAAGAACAUUGUCGAAUAUAUUCUUAAUAAAGUGCCACAAUGUGUCAUCGACUUAGUCGACAACGAGUAUGGCCAAACUGCCUUGCAUAAAGCUGCGUUGUACAAAAAGAGAACGAUCUGUAGAACGCUUAUUGGAAGAGGAGCAUCUGUAGUGAGACUUGAUACCGAGGGUAACACACCACAACUACUGGCUUUGAAAUCAUCUGACACGGAACUUGCAAAAUAUCUCCAAAAUCAGGAACGUUUGCAACUUAUAGCUUCUGAUGAUCACGAGACUGCAGUUUAAACUUGUUUGAACUUGUUAUAACCAUCCCUAACGCUGGUUACAAAGAAAGAACCGCCACAUAACACUGAACGCCAAUCUGAUAUUAUUUUUAGACAUGAACGUUUAUAAAAAUGCCAUAACGCGUGUUAGUUUCAGCUGACUGAUGAAGGCUACACGAUAAGAAAAAAGUGUCAUCUAUUUUUGGUAGAACUUCUUUAACAUUAUUGUAUAAACAAAAUUGAUCAUGCAUUUGCUGCAUGCUGUUUGUGUAAAUCUCAAAAAAUCUUACUAGUCAAUAACAAAAACACUGCACUACUACUCUUCGGACAUAUUUUGUGAAACGUCGUGUGUCGUGGUUGUGUCGUGCGGCUGUCGUUUUCAUUCAUGCGUGUAUCAAUUGCGUUAUUUUUUUACUUCAAAAAUGUUUAUGCACUUGUACAUUUCAUUAUUGAUUAUUUUAAUUAUCCCUUACACUCUAUCCUCAUGUCGUAUUUAUGUUUUUGUAAUCUUUGGGCUGGUGUAAAAAAAUGUAUAUAAACAGAAUUUCGUGCUAUGUCUUUUACGAAAUACACGCAAAGAAAGGAA